CGACACUUCGACGCUCGGCAGCGAUCCUCGCGCCGUUGCACAGCUCUCGAGACCGCAACACAGACCUUCAACAUGGCUGACGAAGGCGAGGUUUCCGCCCUCGUGUGCGAUAACGGCUCCGGCAUGGUCAAGGCCGGUUUCGCCGGUGACGACGCCCCGCGCGCCGUCUUUCCCUCCAUCGUCGGUCGCCCGCGUCACCAGGGCGUGAUGGUGGGCAUGGGCCAGAAGGAUGCGUACGUCGGCGACGAGGCGCAGAGCAAGCGCGGCAUCCUCACCCUCCGCUACCCCAUCGAGCACGGCAUCGUCACCAACUGGGACGACAUGGAGAAGAUCUGGCACCACACCUUCUACAACGAGCUCCGCGUCGCCCCCGAGGAGCACCCCGUCCUCCUCACCGAGGCGCCGCUCAACCCCAAGGCGAACCGCGAGAAGAUGUGCCAGAUCAUGUUCGAGACGUUUAACGUCCCGGCGAUGUACGUCGCCAUCCAGGCGGUGCUCUCCCUGUACGCGUCCGGCCGCACCACCGGUAUCGUCCUCGAUUGCGGCGACGGCGUCUCCCACACCGUCCCCAUCUACGAGGGCUACGCGCUCCCGCACGCCAUCCUCCGCCUCGACCUCGCGGGGCGCGAUCUCACCGACUACCUCAUGAAGAUCCUCACCGAGCGCGGCUACUCUUUCACCACCUCCGCCGAGCGCGAGAUCGUCCGCGACAUCAAGGAGAAGCUCGCGUACGUCGCUCUCGACUUUGAGAACGAGAUGCAGGUGGCGAACGGCUCCUCGUCGCUCGAGAAGUCCUACGAACUCCCCGACGGUCAGGUGAUCACCAUCGCGGAUGAGCGAUUCAGGUGCCCCGAGGUGCUCUUCAACCCCGCGAUUAUCGGCAUGGAGGCUGUGGGCAUCCACGAGACCACCUACAACUCCAUCAUGAAGUGCGACGUGGACAUCCGCAAAGACCUCUACUCCAACAUCGUCCUCUCCGGCGGUACCACCAUGUUCCCCGGCGUCGCCGAUCGCAUGUCCAAGGAGAUCACCGCGCUCGCGCCCUCCUCCAUGAAGAUCAAGGUUGUCGCGCCCCCCGAGCGCAAGUACUCCGUGUGGAUCGGAGGUUCCAUCCUCGCGUCGCUGUCGACCUUCCAGCAGAUGUGGAUCGCGAAGUCCGAGUACGACGAGUCCGGUCCCUCCAUCGUCCACCGCAAGUGCUUCUGAGCUCCUCUCGGUUGUCUCGCUCAACCGAGACGAGAGCUUCGCGAGCGGCGUACAUACAUUAGCGGCUGGGUGCACACGUGUGCACUGGGGGUGUAAAGGGAUUCGGGAGCCGGCGCGCGACUUUGGGUUUCAGGGUUUCUUCGGGCGCGUCAGGGCGGGUUAGCGGCGGUACGUGAGCGGAUAGUUCUGCUUAGCGGCGGCGCGUGAGCGGAUAGUUCUGUUUUGUAACAAAGCGCCGAGAAAUCGAUUCG